UGAAUGGAGGAGGUGAGGGAAGGAGCGUAGGUGUAGAAGGGGAUGGAGAAGCUGCAUUCCUGACCGCACAGUUACAAGAAAGAGGGGAAAGACGUUAAUCUGAAAUCCAGAUGCCUUAAGGACCAGCAGAGGGUCAAACUAAUCCACACACACAUACACACACACACACACACGCACGCACGCACACAGAACACUACAUCCCCUCUGUUACAGACCUCGACUUGCAAGUCUGCAAACAUCAACUGGACUAAAAGCAUCCAGCGGGUUCUUCUUCUACUGUAGGAUCUAAAGGACUUGUUUUUUGGAAGGGUCUAUUUUGGACUUCAGCUGUUUGUUUUUCUGUAGUCAUUUCCAGGUGUAUUCAUGGCGUGAGGCCCGGCAGACAUCCAGUCAUGGCCCUGUGGUGGUGUGCUAGGCUCCUCUGCAGGCUGCCUGCAGUGGGCUUUCCCCUGCUCUUCUCAUCGCUGCUGUGGCAAACGAUUUCCCUCGUCUACGCCGCCCCAUCCUGCCCUCGGAGCUGUAGCUGUCCAGGUGUCAAAGAGGUCCACUGCACGUUCAGACACCUUACCACCAUACCAAAAACCUUCCCUAAGGACACAGAGAGGCUCAACCUGGGUUAUAACAGUCUGGCAGAGGUGGAGGGGUCAGAAUUCAGGUCACUGCGACAACUGGAGAUGCUUAUGUUGCACGGAAACGACAUUAGCACAGUCUACUCAGGAGCGUUUUACAGCUUAAGAUCGCUACAGAUCUUGAAAAUGAGCUACAACAAGUUAACCUUGGUGACCCCUGGGCUCUUCGAGGGCCUUGUUGGUUUGAUCCGUCUCCAUCUGGACCACAACCUUAUAGAGUUCAUAGAGCCAUACUCUUUCUCUGGACUGACCUCUUUAAAACUUCUUCAGCUGGAGGGAAACCUCCUCAAAGACAUCCACCCUCACACCUUCAUAACCGUGUCAGUACUUGGAAGCUUUUGGACCUCUGGACUUAAACACUUACACCUGUCUGACAAUUUGUUGGAGCAGUUCCCCGCUGCAGCGUUGAAAAGUGCUCCUAGGCUCGAGUUCCUCUCUCUUCAUGGUAAUCCAUGGAAUUGUGACUGCCAACUCAGCUGGCUGGUAGAAUGGAACUCUGCACAUGAAGGUGUAAUAAAGUGUAAGAAGGAACGUGGCUCCAGUGAGACUUGCCCCCAGUGUUCCUUUCCUCAAACCCUAAAUAGGACUCUCUUGUUAGGACUCACACCAGACCAGCUGAGCUGUGAGCGUCCAGCUCUUCACUCCCCCCUUAAAAAGUGGAACAACCCAGUGUGGGCUGAAUCUGAAGCAGAGCCGGACUUGCCAUACACCCGGGACUAUGAAAAACCUUUAGGCCACCUGACUUUUGCUCUGUCCGACAGUCAUGGAAACCAUGCUCAGGUGGCAUGUGAUGUGCGCCACCCUGGAGACAGCUCACCAAUGAGUUGGGCAGUGAAUCCACAGUCGCCUGGGGAGUUAUCUGUCAAUGUAUCGCUGCUAACUCUGCUUGAGUGUGAAAUUGAUCGAGAGACUUUGCAAAGUCUGUGGCAACUCAUUGCAUAUUACUAUGAAAGCCCUGCUAUACUGGAGAGAGGUCAACUCAGAGCUAAUACAAGUAAAGUAACCUACCAGUAUGUCCAGGCUGUAAAUGAAAAUUCACCAUAUUUCACAGAAUUAAAAGGGCAUUUAGUAGCAGAACCCUCAUGGUUGCUUCAACCCAGAGUCACACUGAGACUCAACAGAAAACAAACAACAACUAAGAAACUGGUGAUGGAUUUUACUACAAUAAUUACCAAGCACAUCAACGGCCAGAGACAACAGGAUGGAGACAAUGACCUCAUUUCUUCCUGGGCAAUAAUUCGCAGAGGGACAGGUCAACAGGUUCAGACGGCUCUUGAAGGUACCAAGGUUCAUCUGCAGUGCAAUGUCAUCACUUCAGAUAGAGACGUGAAGGUGGAGUGGAUACUUCCGGAUUUGACUGCUGUGGAGGAUGCAAGUGAUCAAAUAGAACUUUCUGAAAGAGGGGAACUUGUGAUUUUAAAUGCUACACUCUCUGACUCUGGGCUUUAUCACUGUAUGGUCAGAACCAAAGCUGGUGUGGACUUGAUGCCUCUAAGGCUCACCAUCAAAGAACGCUUACUCAGUCCCACUGCCUUUAAUGGUCAGAAGGUUUUAUUUGAAAAGGGACAAUCAUUCUCUCUUACUUGUAAUGUGACCUCAGUCCAGCCAAGUCAAAUCAUAUGGUAUCUACCUAAAAACCAAUUCCUUCUCCCGACACAACAGACAAAACGCGCAGAGGUGAUGGCUAACGGAACUUUGGUGUUAAGGAAGUUGACGCAAGAAGAUUCAGGAGAAUACAGCUGCUUGGCUUCAAACCUGUAUGGAGUUGACAUGAUAUCUCACAUGGUAGAAGUAACCGGAGGCACAACCGCUGAUAGGUCUAAAUUAGACGCUGAGAGGGACCAGCAGAUCUUACCAAUACACACAGAGGAAGGAGAAGGUUCAGGGGUAGACUACCAGGAAACUAUACGUCCUUUUGCUACACAAAUCCCUAAAAAGACUACAACACAACAACGAAACCGCAAUGGGCUUUCAAAGAGAAUAAGAAUUCUAAAUUCAAAAAGAAAACCAAACACAUCAAUUGGGAAACUGGAUCCCAAUCGCUGGGCAAAGAUUUUGGCUAAAGCUAAUGCUAAACCAAGUGUUGCUCUGCCUACAGAGCAAUCACUAGAAGAGCCCAGCACUGUUAUUGUGCGCAAACCAACUACAACCAUUAAUUCAUUUGUCUCUACGUCUAGCAAAGUCCUUCACAUUACUACCUCUACGUAUGUUACAACACAACCAACAGUUUCUUCAAUUAACCGAAAAACUAAGGAUGAGGUCCAAUUGACAGAAAAUAUAGAUGAUCAUCAAGAAAUCAAUCCACAGCUUUUACAUCCUCCACCUCCCAGAAGUACAGAACCAUCCCAGGAACAGCAUACUGGAAGGCCAGGGAGGCCAUCUAUCACAGCUUCUCCUGCGGUUGGAACUCAGCAGCCUGUUGAGCAAUACUUCAGAAGGAAUAAUGGCUUCCUUCCUGGCCAAGCAAACAGAAGACGACUUCCAUAUAGACGUAGAAAACUGCCAACGAGAACUGGAAUCAAUUCCAACCUGAAUCCAUUCCAUAACUCAUCAAAAAGGCCUCAAACAACUGUUCCCCCAACAACAACCACCACCACACCACCAACAACCACCACCACAACCACAACUACUACUACAACAACCACUACUACUACUGCCUCCACUACAGCACCUGUUGUAGCCACAGAGGAAAACCAUAAAACCUUAUCUGCUGUGUAUCAGCCAGAGGAAUAUGAAGGCGAAGACUAUGAAGAAUACAAUUACAAGGAAAGCGAAAAAAAAGAUUCAAAUGGAGAAACUCUUUUUACCUCCCAGGAUGUCGACAGGAGCCUCACCACACCAUUUGUAGAAAAGGUUCUUGAUAUUGAUGCUUCACUCUAUUUACCUAGUCCAAAGACAAUUAUCACUACAAGGUUAGAGAGUAGCCCUCAUCCUACUGAAAGGACAAAUGUGGAUUUGACACAAACAGAACAAAAGGCUGAAGACACUGUAAGUUUAGAGAAAUCUAAAGAGGAAGACGCAAAUGAUUGGCAAGAAAAUCAAAAACUACUCAGGGGGGCUAGUGAGAAAAAUACAGAAUUGAAAAAGAAUCAGGUAUCACCACAUUACAAUACACAGGAUAGCACUGGGCCUUCAGCAGAAGAAAGUAUAAAAGCCCAACCAAGAUUUCCAUCUCCCAAAGUCAUUCCUUCACUUUCAAAUAGAGCUAGAACACAACAAGUCCCACCAAACCAGGAAAAUGAGCAAAACAGGACCAGAGUGAAUCCCGAGAGCCACAGUUUUCCUCUAGUGGAGCCAAUUCAUCCCUGGCUGCAUCGGCACAAUCAAGAAAGAGGGCAAACUGCUGUAUCCCAGACAACACAGACAGGCCUUGACAGAAAAACAGGAAAACAGACUGCAGUGACAGCAGGCAGGCACUCCGAGCCUCCUAGAGUCUCUCCCACCUCCCAUUGGCCCUCGCAUCAUCAUUUUCAACAUCAUCACUAUUACAACCCCAUCUAUCAUUCCUGGCCAGGUCAAAGGGCAUUUCCCAAUCGAUGGAAAGCGUCCCAACCUCUACCCACCCAUCGACCCUGGCUCCACCCCCAUCCCUGGGUUCAGGGCCCAUUCGUGACUAACGGACCUGAAAUAGUUGCUGAAACAAUCAAACCCACGACUACAGUUUCAAGAGCAACAGGGAAUUCCCGCUUUACAAUCUCCAUUCCCCAUUUGUCACAUCGUGAUCAUCAGAAUAAUCAUGAGGAUGGCAGAACCCAAACCAGAGAUCAGCUGUUUCUUACAAGACUGAGGAACAGAUACAGACAGGCACAGCUUGAUCGUAUCACUCAGCUUGGCAAAAUGGCAACACCUCAAACUAGCUACAAUCCUCCCUACUCCUUCACACCCAAACCCAACCUUCCACCUCCACCAAGACCUAACAAUCCCAAAUCACCAGCAUCUACUGGUGUCUUGUCAACUUCUGCUCCUAACCACCACACUACUGCCGUCAUGAACGGGGGUCAGAGAGCCUUUGGAGGACGAGCCAGUUCUUUGUGGUCCACAGCUGUACCCCCUUUCCCAUGGGUGCUGGGAGCUGGAAGUGGUGGGGUGAGACCCCGUAUCACUACAUCAGCUGCAGCCAGUGUGUCAGUUCUGGCAGAAAGUGAUGUACUCCUGCCUUGCAAUGCAACAGGAAAUCCAGAACCAAAUAUUUCAUGGACCAAAGUUUCUACUGGUGCAACAAUUCCAGCUAAUACCAAACAUGGGCCACGCUUUGAAGUCUUCCCAAAUGGAACUUUUAUCAUUAAAAACGUCCAGCUCCAGGAUCGAGGACAAUACCUCUGCACAGCCCAGAACAGGUUUGGAACAGAUCGAAUGGUCAUUACCUUAGCUGUACAGACUGAGGCGCCCAAGAUCCAAGCACCCACGUCAACGGAGAUAGCAGUUUACCUGGGAAAAACUGUGAGCCUCGACUGCCUGGCAUCUGGAAAACCACCAGCCCAAAUAUCCUGGAUUCUUCCAGACAGGACGUUUAUUCGUGAAACUGGGACCAUUCACACCUUCCUUUCUGCAGUGUCUCUCCUUAACAAUGGAACUCUACAAUUUCAUCCCACCAAUUUCUCCAGCAAAGGGGACUAUAAAUGUAUUGCAAGUAAUGCAGCAGGUGCUGAUACAAUUACUUAUCGUCUCCAUGUUGCAGCUCUGCCUCCAAGCAUAGGUGAAGGAGCAAUGGAUACUGUGAUAGUUCAGCCAGGCUGGAACGUGUAUGUCCACUGCUCUGUGAAGGGUGAACCAGUGCCUGCUGUCAGAUGGGUGCUCCCAGCGGGAGUUCAUGUUAAGCCGUCACAGUUUCUGGGACGCAGGCUUUUCGUCUUUCCCAAUGGAACACUGUUUGUGAAGACUGCAUUGCCAUCUGAUGAUGGGAGGUACGAAUGCUUGGCCACUAAUGUAGUAGGCGUUGCUAAAAGAACAGUCCAACUGGAAGUGAGGACGGAUCCCCUCCUCACCUCUCACCAGCUCCCUCCUCCUCUCUCCAUUCCGCCAACCAAUCAUCAUGCUGCGCCAUCUCGCCAACACCAAGUCUCAGCCAUGUACGGUUCUGCAGUCUACCUCCACUGUCCAGAAUCUAUCGGAUCCACAAGAGGGACCGUCUGGCAACUGCCAUCUAAAGUCAUCAUGGAGCAUCGAUAUAGUCCAGAGAGACCAAUUAAAGUUUUCCAUAAUGGGACGUUGAGAAUUCUUCAGCUUACAGAGCUAGAUGGUGGAAAUUACCUGUGUGUCUUUCAGCGACCGAAUGGAGAGGACAUGGAACUCUUUCAGGUGGAGGUGUUAAUGACACCUCCCAGAAUUCAACAUGUUAGGACUACACAGACCCAGAUCACCUCUGGAGAAAACUUUCAGGUCGACUGCGUUGCGACAGGCCUCCCUGAUCCAGAGGUUUCCUGGAGCCUCCCAGAUGGAACUUUAAUCAACAAUGCGCUUCAAUCUGAUGACAGCGGUCUUCGCAGCCGUCGCUAUGUGAUCUUUGGCAACGGAACUUUGCUCCUUCAGCACAUGGGCAAAAAAGAUGAGGGGGACUACACAUGUUAUGCCAAAAACAAACUGGGCAAAGAUGAAAGAAAAGUCAGCAUCAAAGUGGGCCCAACUGCUCCAAAUAUAAGAUCAAGAUAUCAGUCAAUCGUCUUGGUAAAAUUAGGACAGUCAGCUAAGUUUAGCUGUCAGGCAACAGGUGACCCUAUGCCGAGGAUUGUGUGGAUCUCACCUCAGAAUGAUGUUAUAUCCACAUCAUCACAUCGAUUUCAACUUGUAGAUGGGACAUUAGUAGUCAAAAAAGUAACACUGGCUGACGAAGGGAAAUAUGCAUGUGUGGCACGAAAUUCAGCUGGUGAUGAUAUCAAAAACGUGCAACUUGAGGUUGAACCACAGCAGCCAUCUAUCAGUGGGAUCAAAGGGGAGAGCACCACAAAGGUUCUAGCUGUGUCUUACCAGACGGCACUUCUGGACUGCAGAGUGGAGGGGAAACCUGAACCAAGAAUCUGGUGGGUUACUCCCUACGGCCACUCGCUCUCAACACCCUACCUCGGUGGCCGCUUUCAAGUCCAUCAGAACGGGAGCUUGGAGUUGAGAGGGGUCAGGAAAACGGAUGAAGGGAGUUACAUGUGUCUGGCUAAGAACAGCCUGGGAGACGCCUCACUUUUGAUAGAAUUAGAGGUGGCAUCGCUGGCAGAGAAGCCCAGCUUUGCAGUUCCUAACAUUGAAAUCUUACCAAUAAAGCAAGAUGGCGGGGAGCUGGUCCUGGAGUGCCUCGCUCGAGGCAAGCCAAACCCAGAGUAUGCCUGGGUGCUUCCAAAUGGGACAAUGCUAAUGCCUGGUGCUAGACUUCAGCGCUUCACCCACUAUCUGGGAAACGGAACGCUACGGAUUUCUCAACCAGUUGCAGGCGAUAAGGGAGUGUACCGGUGUCUAGCGAAAAAUGUAGCAGGGCAAGCGGAGAAGCGGUAUGCCCUGGAGGCAGGCCGAAAGCCAGCGAUCCGAGGAUUUACAGGAGGAAUGAAGAUCACUUAUGGCCUUGAUCUGACCUUGCCCUGCACCGUGGAUGGUUGGCCACAGCCAUCAGUGGUUUGGAAGCUACCCAGUGGCCUGGUUCUGGACAAACCUCAGACCACUGGCAGAGUUUCUUUUUUCUCCAAUGGGACCCUGCAGCUCAGACAAGUCGCCAACUUUGAUAAAGGCACAUAUGUAUGUAAAGCAUCCAACUCUUUUGGCUCAGCGACACUGUCCUAUCCAGUGUCAGUUAUGGUUUUCCCUCCACGCAUCACUAACAUACUCACCUCAAUUACAAGAGUCAACCGGGGAUCAGCAGUGACAUUAAACUGCGCCGCGACCGGUAUUCCCAAGCCGGAUGUGUCAUGGACGUUGCCUGGACGCACAACACUUGUUCCACAUAACCGCUUCGCUGUGCAGGGAGGGAUCCACAUGACAGAGGAUGGGAGUCUGGUCAUUCAGAAUCCUGUGCUCAUGAACUCAGGCAUUUACAAAUGCAAUGCCAAAAAUGCGCUUGGAACGGACUUCAAAUCAACAUACCUACAAGUUGUCUGAAUGAUAGUCAUAAUAACUGUACAGGGAAAUUUCUUCAGGAUUUUAAUCAUGCGAACAUGUUCAGAUUGUAAGUUCUUCACCAAACGCUGACAUUUUAUUGUGACUUCCACAGUGAAUAUUCACUACUUUUGUUUGUACCUUUUUCUUUAAUCUCUUCACCAACAGGUAGAUUAUGUACUUUGAAUUUUCCCCUCACAUGUGUUCAAAGUGUUACUCACAUUACUACGUUAAACUUGGGGGAGAGAGUUCAUGCAAAUCUACCACCAAUGUAUUUAAAAUGUGACAGUUUCACACGGGUUUAUUAUCAGCUAUUCUAUUAAUUCUAGGUGUAAGAGCAAAUUCAUACUCUCUACUGCUGAUGUAUUACAUAAAAUUAACUAUCAUACGUAUUAGUAUCAUUUAUUAAAUUUCAUGAAACAGUAAUAGAUUAUAACAGCUUAGAUUUUUUAUUAUUAAUAGCUGACUGAAAUGUUCACCACAAACGUGAAAAUGAUAAAUACUGUAUGUAUGUGAAUGUGUUAUAAGUUAAAAUAAAACUCAUACAUACAUACAUUUUAAUCAGAUGCUUCAUGAGCUGUAAAAGUAACCUCAAAGCAAGUUCAAACCUUUGAUCUUUUACCUUUGAUCUUUAGGUCAAUAUAUUCUAUAAUUCUUCCUGCCAGAACCUAUGUAUGCAAACAUGUUAAUAUCAUACCACCAUGGAGUAACAAAGCCGAUUUAAAAGGUCUCUUUGUACUUCUCUUUAGCUGACAGCGCUGCUUGCUCUUAACUCUCACUUUCAGCUUAAAGAUCAAGCAGUUUAACAGCUUGCCCAAUGAGCAGUCUCACCAAAUAUCCUGAGAAAAAGGCGCUGAUCCAUUUUUUCUAUCAUGCGUGAACAGAAUCUUUAGGUUUGGUCUGAUCUAAGUGGCAGCUGGGACUGGGGUUUAGUCAAGCUUCAUAGAUAGAGCACAUUCAUUUACAUAUGUUAGUAUUUUAAAUCUUCAUUCUUACUGAAACAUGACAGUCAGACGACUUCUUGCUUUGAGACUUUGUUGUCAAAGUAUAUGAAAGCCAAACCACUACUAUUGCUUGUUUGAAAUCAACCGAUGAGACGAGUGAUUGAUUUUUCGAGAGGUGGUACUGUAGAUAGGACACGAGUUCAUAGGAGCAGGCUCAAAUUUGUAAGUUUGAAACCAAAGCAGUGUUUGGUGUAUGAGCAUAUACUGUACGUAUGCAUUUAAAGACGUGUUUACUUAAAUGCAAGCUGUGUUUCAGAGUUGCUUUGUGUUGAUCAGGACGUACAUGUACAGUAGAUGUCCCACUGAGCCUUGAAUCCAGACAAACAGGCCUUUUAUUUAGGAUGAAGGCAGCUUUGUCCAACACAAGUGCUGGGAUUGUUCACAUGCGAGUGUGCGUUUCUUGCGCGUGUGUAAGAUGGAGAUUAUGUGUGUACGUCUGCAAGGAAGAGGUAGGUGUCUGUGAGGUGUCCUUAAACACAGUGAGCUGCAUGGGGUGCCAGUGCGCUAUAUCAACAGCAGGCCUGAUAUCAAUAGACGGGAAGUGUGCACUAACCUGCAUUCUGUGGCUUUUGCUUCCUUUGCUAAUAUUUAAAAUGGAGGCACAGCAACUCAAGCACCCAACAGCAACUUGUACAGCAGUAAGUAAAACAGACUCAUUGAUUGUUGCAGCUGUUUCCAUGUGAUAUGCUUAGAAUGCCCUGCAGUACAAAAUGGAUUUCACAUAAUCUGUAGAGAAACUGUAAGGGUGUGUUUAAAGAUACUGAGCUCUCAAGAUUUCUCAGAAAUUCCACUGGGAUGCAAAAUGUGUGUAAGAUCAACUGAUCUGUCUACAACUGUCUCAAGCUAGUAAAAAUGAAUAUUAUCAGGGUAUUGAUGGUCCCAACAUGAACAACAUGAACAACAUGAACAACAUGAACUCACUAAGUGUAAAUAGGGGUGAUUUGUAAAAAAUUUGGCAGGGGAGGCAGAGCCUCACCUCGCCUGACAGUAUCAUAGCAUGACUAAAAAACUUCUGUCCAUUGCUCUGUGUUUUACAUGUUACAAAAUAUUUUUUUCCUAUAAUUUCAAUUCUAAUGGUCUAAUACUGUAUGGCGAGAAACCAGAAGUGAGGCUUCAGCCCGAUGCUGAAACUGUCAGUAAAUGGGCUGAUACAAGGUGUAAUCUGUUUCUGUUUCACAUUUUGUCUUUUUUUGCAGCCUUCAGACGGAUUUAUUAUACACCAUGACUUUGUACAACCUG